AUGUACACACUAUUUAAAUUCAAAAAAAAUUACCCCCCUCUUUUCCCCUCACUCCCCCACCCGGCCCACGCUUCUCACUCGCUCCCCCCGCUCCUCGAAAAUCAAAAGUCCCCCACCCGGCCCACGCGUCUCUCUUCUUCCUUACAACGGCGAAAUUCAACGAGCCGCCUCCUCGCUGCGGACUUCCUCCUUCUCGAAAAUCAACGAGCAACUUCCUCCUUCUCGAAAAUCAAACCUGCGGCGACAUCCCCUUCCUUCUCUCCCACAUCCCCACGAAACCGGCACCCCCACUUACACUGUGGACUGAGGUUGGACCACGACGCACAACAAUGGUGCGAACCCCACUGGCAGAGAUGGCCGAGAGAGCCCUGAAGUUACGCAUUCCCAGUCAUGACUACUUCCCUGCCCAGUAUUCGGUGUGUUCAAACUUUAGAAAUGCUGCCAAAUGGGUACAAAGCAGCUUAUCUGCAACAGAAAUAGAAAUUUUUCGCGCUUUACCAUGGGGCCAUCUUAUUGACAUCCCACCCACACAAUUCUCUGGCCAAGUCUUUCACAUGUUGGCCUUACACCUUGUGCAGGAGCAACCUGAUGAGGAGCUGUGGUUUGCCAUUGGGGGUACACUGUAUAAGUUUACUUAUGUGGAUUUUUGCCGCAUAAGUGGAUUACCAGCGGGUGCUAAACCAGUAGCUGCUGCAGGUGAUGUUUCGGGACAAGAAUCUGGCGAUGAAGCUGAACCAGUAGGGGCCAUUGCUAAGAAGUAUUUAGGUGGCUCAGUCGACAUUACACACGUCAAUUUGAAGAACAAAUUUGAGAAACUGAAACUUUCCAAACAUCGUGAUCAGAUGGAUGCUGUAAAGUUGGCCUCCUCGUUCUAUAUUGAGUGUGUGUUGCUUGCUAAGGACAACACUACGAGGAUAAAUGUAUCCUCUAUCAGACUGGUGAAUGAUUUAGAGGAAUUCAAGAAGUGUCCGUGGUCACUUCGUUCGUACAAGUUAUUGGUGAGUCAUAUGAAGGGUCUGAUGGAUGGUCAACCUCAGAAGUUCAAGGACCAGAAGGAGAACAAUCCAAACUAUAGAAAUGCCAAGCUAUCUGUCUACGGUUUUCCACUAGUUUUGCAGGUGUGGGCUUAUGAAGAAAUUAAUGAAGUUGGGAAGAACUUUGCAAACAAAGUGGGUAAUCAUGAUGUGCCAUUACUCAAUUGGAAGGUUGAACGAAAAUUUCAUUACUCUAAGCUUAGACGAGUAGUAUUUCCAGAGGAGGAGGAAAAGCUUUCUGAUUCAGAGGGGGGAGAGGAAGAAGAGAACCAAGAAGAAGAAAUGACUGAGGAAGACCUGCGCUUGUUCGAAAAGGUUAAAAUAUUGGAGGAGCUGCAGGACCUACGGAAGUAUGUUCAAAGGGUUGAAAACAAAAUCACUUAUGUUGAAAAAAGUCUUUCAGAAAUAAAGGUACUACUUCUGAAGUUGGUUGGCAAACCGAACCCAUCGGUUGAGGAAGAGGUUGAUAAGGAUGCAAUUGGGGAUGAACGAGUACCUGCCGGUGAAGAUGUUUUGAAGACAAGUGUUGUUAAUGAUGAUGGUGUUGCUGAUGAUGCGGCUGCGGGUGACGGUGAGAAGAACGUACAAGAAGAGGAACCAAAUGUAGCCACUGAAGAAGUGUCGAUGCAGGUUGAGGUUGUGAAAGGAGAUGCUGACCAUGUUGCUGAUAGUGAAGAUGGUGAAGAUGCCACACGGGCAGAUGUAAUCAUCUCCGCUGUAAUGACUGAGGUGAAUUGGGAAAGUGAGCAGAAUAAGGUAGCAAGCAACUUCCCAGAUCUUAUGAUGUCUUUAAAUGAGGACAACUUACCUCCGUUAACAGCCCCCGGUCCAUUUGAAAAUUUGGAUUGGGAUGGAGAUGAUGUUGGGAGUGCGCCAAUAGAUGUUGAGGCCAUACAAGUUGUGAGCAGGAAAGAAGUGAAAAAAAGAAAACGAUGUCGUUCCAAAUACCAGUGCUCACCAUAUGUUGAGCCCAUUGUCUCCAUUCAACCUGCUAUAUUUCACCCAACUGAUAAUCAUAUUGCAUCUCUAAAAGCUUGGAUACAAGAAGCUGACACUGUUGAACCUAAAACGUUUGUUCUUAAUCUGUCAUCAUUUGAUGAAGUGGACAGGGACUUUUUCCGUGAGCUCGUGGAACCAGAUGAGUCUUUAUGGUCAUAUCAUCAAGUCAUGACUAAGGAUUAUAAGGAUGAGAAUGCAUGGACUGCUGAUAGGUGUCUACCUAGUGUUGACUGGAGAGGUUUACAAAAAGUUUUUGUACCUUUGAAUGUUGAUGGGAUGCAUUGGGUUUUAGCGGAAGUUGACCUACGUGCAAAAUUGGUACGUGUAUAUGACUCCAUGAGAACAAGUAGGUCAAUGUUGCAUGCGGCACAUUUGUGUGUGAGACUUCCGCUACUCUUCUGAUUCAUACAAGCCCACCCAGAUCUUUCUAAGGUAGAGCAUUGGAAUGCUCAGCUAGCUGCAGAUGUUCCACAACAAGAGGGAGGAACUGUUUGCGGACUGAUGGUUGUUUGUUAUGCUGAGGCUUUGUUGUUGGGACUUCCCUUGACGCCACAUUGCGAGUAUGCGAACGUGGCUACAAAGAGAUGGCACUUUGCGCUACGCCUUUGGAGUUUGAGGAAGCCAGUUUCUUAGAAAACAUGCAAUGUACAUUUUUUUGCUAAUCAGCUAAUGUAUCAAACAUUAUGUAGCUGUAAAUAUCUUUUUUUUUGCCAACGGUUUAGGUUUUGGUAACCGUUUUUUGAAUGGAAUGUAUGAUAAUGUACAUUGUUGUGCUAUGAUCAACCUUUUACAAUGUCCUACAAGGUACUUCCACAGGAGGGUACAUAUGAAGGUUGUAGAAAACAUUACUCUGCUGAUUUUUGUGUAACGAAGUAACAAUUUUGUAUGGAA